UAAUAGAAAUGCAAUUGCUUUAGGCCUAUUAUCUGUCAAUUUCAUUGGUUAGAUCUCGGCAAGGCUUAUCUCACUAGCACAUAAAAACGUGAGUCACACCUUACAGUUUACUCCACAUUACAACCAGAGCCAUACAGCUGUGAGGAAUCAGCAACUGAACUGCCAAGAUGGAUUUAGUGGAGGUGAAAAACCUGAUCUUCAAGCCAGGAAUGGAACUGAAGGUCAACGGUGUCUUCGACGCCAAUCCAGAACGUAACUCUAUCAAUGUGGCCCACACUUACGAAGAUAUUGCGCUGCACGUUGACAUACGUUUCAACAGUGGAAAUGACAAACGCCUAUUGAUCACGAACAGCAAGGCCAGCGGCAAAUGGCAAGAAGAACUGAAAGAUCCUAAAUUCCCCUUCACAGCAGGGCAGGCAUUUCAGGUGUCCAUUGUCUUCAACUUUGAUACUUUUGACAUUUAUCUGCCAGAUGGCCAGGUGGUGAACUUCCCCAACCGUCUGGGUGACCAGGAAUACAAAUACAUUUUCUUUGUGGGGGAUGCCACAAUCAAAACCAUAAGUGUGGAUGUGUCUGACAAACCAACCAAGAGAUAGACAUCCCUUUUUUGUCCCCUGAUUGGCUGAUCUGCUCCCUGCUUCCUUCCUGCAGCUGUGCUACAACAUACUACUUUGUCUGCGCCUCCCAUACAUCAGCGCCUUUAAUCUUGUGCCUCUCUGCGUGUCUGUGCAAACUCAAGAAUCAUUCCAGCUUUGAAUGAAAUAAAUUGCAAGCAAGAAAAUCUUAA